GAGCAAUCGAAAAAUAAUAGAGAUGGUCCUCUAGAAGUACAUCGAUGAAGUUGAAGAAGAACGUUUCGGUAUCUUGUUCAUAUCAGUCAUCAAGUAGAACAGAAUCGCGUUUGUGCUGUUGCCGAUCACAAGCAAUCGAAAAAAUCUCUAUUGUUGUACCCAAAAUCUCUAUUGAUGUACCCAUCAGAUAUCUUUUAUCUAGUACAGGUUUAGAGCAAGAAUUUUAUGUGAGAUUUACUAGAACAAGCUACAAUUUCUAAUGUCGGAUGGUCGCAACUCUGUCAUGAAAUCUUCAUCCUUGUUGUGGUCCUGAAAAGAUAUCGGCUCUUCUUGGAAACCUGAUAUCACUGGAGUUGCUUGUCUAUCUCCACUCGGCUCCUACUCGGUCCUGCUGCGUGUCUUCCAGGAACUGUAGUACGCAGGAACUGUAGUACGUAUGCCUCUGUAAGCCUCUGUUGUUGCAGAGUACUGAGUCUGCGAGUAGUACAAAGUAGUUCUGAGUCUGCGACGUGAACACAUCGGAGCAGCUUCUCCUCUGUCAACGAAGGUUCUUACAUCGUUACAUCGGAUAUCUCUGUGUCCCUUCCAGCACUAGAAACACACGUCGCAGGGGACAACAAUUUCUCAGCGGCACGGCAAGCUUAGGACGAAAGAAAGGUAUCUAUGGAAGUGAAACUUUGGAUAGUUGUACUCACCUGAAUUAAUAGUUUAUAUAAUGCCAUUAUUGACUCUUAUUAUAGAGUACUCACCUGAAUUAUUUUAGUACUCUAUAUAAUAAUCUUUGUCUGUAUAAUGCCAUGCUUGAAAAAUUUGACCAUGAUAUUUGUUCAACAGCCUGCUCCCACGAGAUUUCUUCCACCCAUAGAACAAUGCAAUUUUCCUACAGAAGCAGUGCUCCUUCCGCAGUCCUCCUUUACAUGCAUUUAUAGUCUCUUCCACGCAUAGAACAAUGAAACUUUCCUAGUACAACAUUCACCAUUAAAUUAUAUCACCACAGGAGCAUAUACUUCCUAGUACAACAUUCACCACCAUUAAAUUAUAUCACCACAGGAGCAUAUACUUCCUAGUACAACAUCCACCAUUAAAUUAUAUCACCACAGCAGAAAAAUACUUACACAUCACCACAGCAGAAAAAUACUUACACAUCACUACAGGAGCUGCAUUGCAUAUACUGCAUCAUCACACAAGAUGCCGUCGUCCGUGGAUUCCAACGUCGUGAUUGGAGACGUCGUGAACGUGACGGCACAGAGGGAUGCCUUUUUUACCGACAUCCAGCUGCGGCGGACGAGGGAAAUGGUGAAGAUCCCGUUUCACCGGAACGAGUUCAUCGGAGAAGACGUCGUAGCAGUGUCCAUGGAUCCGGUGACGAAGAGCGUCUCUUCUCUCUACAAGUGCCUGGUAGACAAAAAAUUGACCAGCAUUCCACUCAGCGAAAUACAGUUCCCGAAAAUUAUGACCAUUUUUUACAGUUGAAAUUUAUAAGGGAAAACGAUUUACAGUUGAAAUUCAUAAUAAGACAGGGAAAUCUUUUUAGGCAGAUAGCCGAGUAAAUUCGUAUCAUCAGCAACAGCCUCAAAGUCACCUCCUACAACAGCAACAUUCGAAGACAUCGCCCACCGCCUACUUUCUCAGAGACUAGACUGAUGUCCUUUAUACGCUCUUACUCCACCGAAAUACUGAUCUUAGAAAGUCCUAGGUUCAUCUUAUUAUUAAUAAGACAGGGAAAUCUUAGGCAGAUAGCCGAGUAGAUUCGUAUCAUCAAGACGAAGACCAGUUUUUACUACUGAGAAACACCUGCUUUCACUGCGGUGAACUUGGUAGUCAACUAGCUCUUCACACUAAUAUUUUGUUCCUUUGGACAUAAACGCAAAGGGUUUUCUUUUUUUUCCUAGCUGGGACUCCACUGAGACUGAGAACAGAAAAACAGCAUUACAAGAUUCUUAGAGGUCUAGAGGAAUUUCUCAUAAUCCUGAAGAUCUACAGAGCGUUUAUAGAAAUAGCCUCUUCUAACAACCGAACUGGCGAGAUCCGAGCAGCUGAGGACAUGAGUCAAGAGCAGGACGCGCUAAACUGUGCGCCGAAUAAGUUGGUAGUCAAGACUGUUACAGGGAUAGGCUCCUCUGGAGCUUCGCUGUCUAGCGCCACAGCCACCGAUGAAGAGUUGAUGGUUGCCGCGUCUACGGGGUCGCUGGACGAAGUGAAGGUGGAAUACAUUUAUGGAGAAAUUUGAGGAAAUUUGAGAGAGCUUUCAGAAAGAGAACAUUUGAUUUGAAGAAAGUGAAAUCUUCAAAUCAUCUAAUGAAAGUGAAAUCUUCAAAUCUAAUGGAAAAACAAGCAGACAGAGAUAUUCAAGAAGCCGCAUAUACAGUUUUUACUGGAAGUGCUACGAGUAGCAACAUCCAAAAGAUUUAGAGCAUUUAGAAAAUUUAAAUUCUUGAAAAACCCUUAAAUUCUAUUUUUUCACUGAGAAGAACUCCCGGCACUCACUAGCUACCUCUACUUCUAAUCCCUCGGUCUGGAGCAGAUCAAUAACCUGACGGUCUUGCGGAAACUGCGUUGCGGAGAUGAAAUCGCAUUUGAUACUAAUCGCAAGAAUGAACUUUUCGGACCGAUUUGGUUGCGUGUAGACGGUGCUGACUGGAGCUGCGCUGAGACUAUUAUGUUGGUUACAGUGGUCUAAACAAAGAAAGACUUCCUUAUAACUUCGAGUGGUGUGGAAGGACAAAAAAGGCGAAUGAAUGAAUGAAUUGUCCCGCCGUUAGGCUAGUAGUACUAUAAUUGGGACACCAUGGUGAUGAUAUCGCAUCGUCAUCACUCUAGUUGUAUAGCUCGUCCUUGUAGUCAUCUUCUCUAAACAAAGUGCCGGAAGCGACACGCCGUAUUCCUUGCAGUCUUCGUUGAUUGAGAGUCCGACUCUAGUGGCUGGAAAUUUAGGCGGUGUCCGAAACCCUGCCGCGUUGACCAGUCCUGUUAUUACCAAUUGUCCGAGCUCUAGUGGUACUGCUAAAAAGAUCUCCUCUGCGUCCACGACCUUAGAUGGCAAUGGUAGUGGGGUUGGAGGUGGGUCAGCACAUGGAGUAAACAUGCCUGCUUUAACGUUGAGUGGGUCCUCUGGGACGACCUGUACAACCAAUUCUGCUUCUCUACAGCCAGGUAGUAAUCAAAUGUUUCCCACAUCAGUAUCGAAGCAGUCAGUUGUCUUGCCGCCACCACGGUGCACUCCUGAUCUGGCAUCACCGGGACUGGUGGUUAGCGGAAACCUUGCUGUGGGAAAUGGAAACAUGGGAAACGGAAACAUCACUGGUUGUAGCGCACCUACGACAUCAGCAUCAGCAGUACUGCCGCCAGCGGCUCUCUUCAGCAGUCCAACAUUGAACAACAGCAGUUCUCUAAGUGCACCAGCAGCAUCUGCAGGAAGUCCGGUUUUGCCCACUACUACUACCACGACGUCUUCUGUGCCGUCGAGUGCCAAGAAAAUUCUUGCACCGCCACCAUCAACUCGUGGCUUUCCUCUGCGGCCUUCAGAGCAGGCGUUGGUGAACGCGAUGCAGCAAGUAGAAUUGAAGGAACAGCAGAGAGCUGCUGCUCAACAAGGUCAACAGCAGCAAUUCCAUCUUCCGACUACAAACAACUGCAAAAAUGGGAAAGGAAACAUCAAUAAUGGAGUAGCAAGUGGUGCAGGAGGUCUAACAAUCACUUCCCCGCACCUUCAAUCGAGCAAGGGCAAUCCAAUGGGGUCCACAACUAAAGCUGCAACAGCGACCAUGCCUCCUGUUAGGCAGAUGAUGUAUGGCGGUGGCGAUCCAGCGAAUUUGGUGAACGGCUUCGGAGAGGGAAACCCUGAAGGUGGUAAUGUUACGGCCGCACAGCUUAGUACAACUAGUUUGGCAAGCUUUAGUCUAAUCUCUUGUGCCUCUAUAUCCAUCUUGGACUUGGAUUUGGAAGGAUCAGGAUUACCUACAACAUUGAAUUUCAUGUAGAUAACAAUACCCAAGUACCACAAGCGCAUCUUGGAAGAGGUUCCGUCUCGUCUGAAUGGAAACAAGAAAACGGGCACCAAGAGUGAUUAAUUUGUAAAGAUGGAUUUAGUCCAGGUCCUGUGACUGAAGUACCUCACAUCCACUUGACCAUGAGAAAAAAAUGAGGUACCAACAUUUUGACAACAUGACAUGACAUCUAUUGUAAAGAUGGAUUUAGUCCAGGUGAAGAGGUUCCGUCUCUAACGACGAUGGCAUGCAAGAGGGGGGUCAAGACCCAAAUGAGAAGGAAGACGGCUCCAGUCCAGAGGAAGAUGAGGAGGACGGAGAUGAGGAUCCUGGUGUUAUGCUUUGGAGAGUAACUAAGUAGGAUCACUAUUCUACUUGAGUAGACUAUACAAAUGUCAUGAAUUUCAUACAAGGGGAAGGGGGUCGAGAUGAGGGGACCAAGAUGCAUUCUAGCUAAGUACUAAAUUGGAAAAGACUCCAAUUCGAAUUAGUAGGAAGUAGGAAGAUGAGGAGGACGGAGAUGAGGAUCUGGAGUAACUAGCACAAUCAUAUUUAAGUGACUUAAACAUUAUCACACUAUUCUACUUGAGUGGACUAUACAAGUGUCGAUACGUCGUGGUCAGCAAUUAGUUGUAUGUCUGUAGUACUGUGAAGAUUCAGCAACGGCACCCUGUCCUAUCCUAUCCUAUAGAUAAUGUCUUGUCUUCUGCGCCAAAAAAAAAAAUACCUUCCCUCUCUAAUCCUAGCGACGAGCCAGGAGACGAAGUCGGCAAGUUGGAAAUGCAUGUUGGGAAAGUCACAAACGUCGGCGAAGGCGAUAUGACUAUCAUGACAAUUGAUGAGAGACAAAUCAUCCUCGACGACCCAGUUUUGGUCAAAGCAGGCUUACUGCCAGGCAUGUGGGUCGGAUUCGCAAUUCGGGAUGGCAUGUACAACUUCUUUUUUACUAGUUAGAAUGUAGGUCGGAUUCGCAAUUAGGGAUGGCAUGUAUUUUUAUCUGCAGCUGUGCUUCAUUCUGCAUGAGCUACGUACUUACACAGUAUCCACCCAAGCAUCUACGUGCACAUUAUCCCAACCUCCUCCUUCCCCAGGUACGUCGAAACCGAUCGAGAACGUCUGUAUGUGAUGUGCAGUACACUCGAUGACGAGCCACCACCUACACAUUUUCCUCGAGUUUGGGGACGCAUCAAGACGGUGACGCCCACCGGCCACUCUUUCGUCGAUCCGGAUGAUGCAGAGGCUCUAGCCGGCACCGGAAAGACCGAAAUCUUCAUACAUAAUGAUAAGGUAAGUACUUUUUUUUAGUCCUUUCCAGCAGAGCUUUUUUUAGUAGUACCAGAAGUAAGACGAGACUAACAUAAGUAACUCUCAUGUGGAUGAUGUUGACGAUGCGUUGCUCAACUCAGUGUCAGUGUAACCGCUUACUAGGAACAGGACCAGAUAACCUUCGACCUGUCAUACACUACCACAUACUACACUACCACAUGAAGAACCUAUUUAGAAAUUUACAUACAACCUAUAAUACAACCUAUACAUAGAAAUUUUGAAAAUUACCAUAGGGCCGUCGCACGAAUGAUCGCGGUGGAUUGGUCACGAAUGACCGUGUUGUAAUCGACGUGGACCGCAGCAACCCUCAUGAUCCAAGCCUCAAAGGGCCCAUUUUCAAGGCUAUCAUCGGCGACUCUUUGACGCGCAAAGAGGGAGGCACCAUUUCAGCCUCAAUGGGACUGAAAGGUGGAAAAUUAUACACUGGCAAAGACGGAAAGCUGCACGUAAAAGGCGGGAUCGGAGCAGAGAAGGGGAAAGACGAGAAAGGCAAAGGCAAAUGGAAUAACGGAAUCGACUACCAAAUCUAUAUCGGGUACUUCUUUGCACUUGUAGUAAGCCAGUUUCUCCUGAUGAAGAUAGAUAGUAGUUCUUGUUCUUCCUUGUCUUUCUGUCUUCGCCAUCGAUGACUUAGUCCUAGGCGUAGUAAGCCAGUUUCUCUUGAUGAAGAUAGAUAGAUCCGAGAGACUAGUACACCAUGGGACUCCCGUCUACUUAACCAUGAUUUUCUAUUCUACUUCCUCACAACUCGACCUAUGCACUUAGCCAUGAUCUAUUCUUUCUCAGAACUCAACCUUGUAUUUUUUGCCCACGACUUUCAGCUACUUGACCAUCGUGAUUUUCUAUUCUACUUCUUCCAACUCGACCACAACCUAUGAUGUUGUAUUCUUUGCCCACGUUCCAGUUACAUCCACGAAAUGAACGAGGAUAAACAUCACGGUUUUGUACGGUCGAAGCCGAUCUCCUCCCAAUAUCCUGGAAAAGAGGCUUACCUGUACGGUAAGGAAAUUGAACGAGCAAAUCUGGAGAAAUUAUGGCUGAGGAUCAUGAUGAUAUAUGAAAAGUGUAAAAAAAGAUAUAAAAAAACGAUAAAACUAAAAAGUGUAAAGAUGUCUUAGUUGUCCCGUAUUUCCAAGGAGAAAACAUACCAAAGAUUCACCUGCACUCAGUCUUGUUUGUCUCCCGCAGUAGAUUCCUUCUCGAUGGAUUCUUCUGUCCCUCAUUAGUUUCUCUCUCAAUGCAUUCACUGACGGUCAAUCAAUCCAUUUAAUGAAGUAUCUAAGUAUUCAUAUGGAGCUCGAUGUGCAGGAUCCACAACCUAACCUAGCCUCAUAAUCUUGUGAGAACAAGCAAGAGGAAGUAUCUUCCUCAAAUCUACCCACGUAAAUUUAUUCCCUGAGCUCUCCUUCUUCUAACUUGAGGGGAUGUGAUAGCCUUCCAUUGCCUGGAAAGUCGGGAUGGGAAGCCUACAGUCUCCGGCCGCGACCCGAUCUACGUCUUGGCAGCCCAUAAAGACGAGAUGCAGCAACUCCGUUUCGGCGACAACGAGGGCUUUAUCAGUAACGAAAGCAAACAGGGAGACUUGUUUUUAUGUGGAUGCUUUACAGAUGAUGUUAUACUUGAUAAUCUAUCAUUCGGUUUCCUUGCUCUUCUAUUCAGAAGGUACAGGGUGGCUGAAAGGCCUCAAUAACGUUAGAGAAAACGUGACGCGAGAUAUCAUGACAUGACAUGACAUGACAUGACAUGACAUGACAUGACAUGACAUGACAUGACAUGACAUGACAGGACAUGCGCUACAGUUUGCUUAGGUUGCCACGUGAUUCGUCAAUGAAUGAAUGAGUGACGUUUUUUCAUUAGAAUGAAGGUUCUACAGUGAUGAAGUCACUUAUAGAUGAAAUAGAAUAGAAGAAGCAGUAAAAAUCCUUAGAAUUUAAGCAGUAGAAUUCAGAGCAGAAUAGAAGAAGAAUCUUGUUGACAGUAGAGUCACUUAGAAGGGACUCAACCAUUGUUACUAGAAGGUCAAGGUUAAUGAUAAUCUUGAGCUUAUUCAUCUCAGGGAGUUUGAUGUAGUGCAUCUUGUUCUAAUCUCAGUCACCAAUGAAGAUUUGCGCACUUCCUUCGGCAAGGACGUCUUCAUGCAUCAAAAGCUAGCGCAGGACGGGGGCUUGCAAAAGGGGGACACGAUUACCUUCAAGCUGUUCGUAACCGAGGAUGGACGCCCUCAGGUGGCGACACCUAUAUGGCUGAAGCUGGAGCCGGACGAUACUUUGGGAGAGCGAAGAUGCAGGCCACCACCUGAGCAACCCUUCUUGCCAGAAAGAGCCGAACGAUUAGCCAACCCGAAAGGAGGAAAAGCGAAUACUAAGGUAGUAACUUGUUGUAGUUCUAGUUCCAGUACUUAGUUAGACAAACUAUAUAAAGCUAAUACUUCUAAGGUAGUAACUUGUUGUAGUUCUAGUUCUAGUACUUGGUUAGACAAAGUAUGUAAAGCUAAUACUUCUAAGGUUGUAGUUGUUUUUCCAGUACUUAGUUAGACAAACUAUAUAAAGCUAAUACUUCUAAGGUAGUAAGUUGUUGUUCCAGUACUUAGUUAGACAAAGUAUGUAAAGCUAAUACUUCUAAGGUAGUAAGUUGUUGUAGUUCUAGUUCUAGUACUUAGUUAGACAAAGUAUAUAAAGCUAAUACUUCUAAGGUAGUAAGUUGUUGUAGUUCUUCUAGUAGUUAGAGGAAAAGCGAAUACAAAGGUAACAGUUCCAGUUAAAGCUAAUACCAAGGUUGUCUUGAGUUGUAAAAUUGUUCUAUUUGAAAGGGUCGAAGGAUUCUGGUUACCUCCGACCGGUGCUGUUCAGUCAGGAAAGGUCAAUCGGGAAUCAAAAAGAAGGGAAUAUUAAAAGAAAGAGGAGGCUUCAUUCUCCUUUUUAUCUACACCUCUGCUACUUCUAUCUUUCUGAUCAUGAUCUUGUUCCUUUGAUCUCUAUGUUUUCGAUUUCGACCCAGCACAGUAAGAACUUUUCUACCAAUUCCUUCAGGGCUGGGAACAGUGGGCAGGCAAGGGUGCAGCUUACUAUCGACGUCCACGACCUGAUGGCGCAACUUCCAUUUACAACAGUGAUUUUUUCCAGAGCAAGGGGUAUGGCGGAAAAUUUUCGAGCAAGACUUCAGGAGGCGAGUUCGAGAAAGGUGGAAAGUUAAGGCUCACGACUAUUGAAAUUGAUGUAGUCCACACAGUAAGGAUUUAUUGAUAAACUGUUAUUUUCUCAGGUGGACUAGUGCCGCAGCUGUACUUUAUAGUGCAACAUUGUUUUGUCAUGAGCUCUAAGAAAAGGCGGCUACGACGAGGACGACUAUUUUGGUGGAAAGUGGGGCUCAAAGGGCAAGUCGGACUACGGAGGUGGCAAGUAUAGCGACGACGAAGGGUACUACGGUAAAUACGGUGGAAAGUAUGGCAAGUACGGGAAAAAGGGUGGCGGCGGAAAGUACGGUGGUGGGAAAUACAGCGAUCACGAAAACGAUAGUUAUGAGAAGAGAAUUUCCCUAGCAUGUUGACUGUGUACUAGCUUGCCUCUCAGUUGUACCUUGUUCUUGUAAGGAACAGUUUUUUCUGAUGUUGGGCACCUAUUGACUUACCUACGACUAUCGUAGCCCAGUACGCACAAGUCUAUGUGCGCAACCACCAUGUACUUGCGACCAGAUAUUGGCAAGCUCAUAACAGGUCUCUGGUGCUGACCACCCCUGGUUGAUAAACAUAUUUGCUAACACACGACAGUACUGCUGACCCAUAGAUAAGGUACACGAUCAAUAUAUAAGGAUACACUCUAGUCCUGACAUUGAUGUUGGUUUAUAACACACCAGCACUUAGCAACACCAGACUGCUCUAAUUUCUCUACUACGAAGGCCCAGGGAGCAAAGGCGAAGGCCGAGGAUCGAGCUACAGCGACUACUAUGGCAAGGGAGAGCGGUAUCCUGGCAAGGGGGACCGAGACAACUAUGGACGAUCCGAAUCUUAUGGCUCAAAGGACUAUGGGGGCAAAGACUACGGCAAAAGUCGAUCGUCAAGCUACUACGACAGCUACAGCAAGGAUAGAGACGAGUACCCAAAAGGUGGAUACAAGGGCAAGAGGGAUUACUAUGGGAAAGGUACCGAUUGUUCUCUAGCUCCUUUAGUAUUUGCUGGACAACUACAACAACCCUUCGUAUAAUUCUCGUAAAGAACCCUUUCAGCAAUGAGUGUCACUUAUUUUUCAAAUCAUAUUUGAUUGAUGAAGGUUGAGGUUCAUCUUGUUCUUGAGAAGUCUAAACGAGCAUUCAUCCACCGAUGGUUCAUCUUCCACUCUCACAAUCACUCCCACAAUCAUUCCCACAACCACUCCCACAAUCACUCCCGCAAGCACUCCCACAACCACGACCACAACCACUUCCACAAUCACUCCCACAACCACUGCCACAAUCACUCCCACAACAGGUUGGGAUGACGAAGACUCGGACGGCCCUGAUUUGAAGAGGAGGCGACGCGACUACUGGGACUGGGACGAUGGUGCCUAUGGUGGCGGAGGCAGAGAAAACCCGUCAUCAGGACGAUCAGGUGGCAGCGGUGUUAUGGCUACUACAGAUGCUAAAGAUUCUAAAGAUUCGAAUUUUCUUAUAACUAAGUAGGAUAGAAGUAAGUCUUCCUUUACCUCGAUGAUUCGGAUCAUGUAACCUCGUGGUCUAGUCCCUGCUUACAGUUUGUAAGUAAGAAGUAACAGCAAGAGUAGUCAAUUAUUUUGUGCUACCAUUUCAAUUUCUAACCCUCGCGGCGCUGGCGGCGCUUCUUCAAGCACGGUGAUGAGCGCGCCAAGUGCAGACGGCUCCGCAGAACAAAAACGGCAGUGGUUUGCACACGUCUACGCACAGUACGUCGAGAGCUAUAAACAGCAAGGACAUGAUGAUCAGAGCGCUAGGAAUAUGGCGCAGAAGAGCCUGGAACAGUACAAAGCGCAGUGCAUACAACAGGGCAUUAGAGUGGACUAG